AUGUUGGUGCCUAUUGCUGCGCUUUACGUGGUACUGCUGAGCCCGCUUGCCGAAGCAGGUUAUGGCUGUCCAAGCAGUCUGUCUCAGACCGACGCGAGAAGAAAAGUGUUCCUCGAUUACCAUAAUGAAGUUCGUCGGAAUAUAUCACUUGGAAAACAGCCAAAUAAAAAAGGAUUUCUCGGACCGGCUAAGAACAUGUACGAGUUGAGCUGGAGCUGUGAUUUAGAAAAAAAGGCACAGGAUGUGGUAUCGAAAUGCGACUUUUCGUUUAUUCGCGAGUUUGCUCAAAAUAUUAUCAAGAUCACGUUCAACAACUAUGGAGAAGAUGCACUUCUGAAAUACGCCCAGAGCGUUUGGGUGAGCCGUGUGACGCAACUUGGAGUCGAUUCUAAAACCAACCAAUUGAACUACCAGACCGAAGCAUUUGCUAACAUGGCUAACUCGAAAACUCUGCAGUUUGGCUGUGCUUACAAAAUCUGCGGUUCUUCAACCAUGUUUCUGACCUGUGUUUACGACAGCCCGAGGCUGUCACCGGGGUUCGUGCUUUGGGAGAACGGAAAGACCUGUGAGUGCAAGGCAUAUCCCGGCUCGUCUUGCUCGAACAGCCUUUGUGUCACUCGCGCCACAGCGAAACCCUCGAAACCAGUGCAACCUUCCAAACCAGUGCAACCCUCGAAACCUGUGCAACCAUCGAGACCACGGCCAGUCGUGAAACCCGUUACUACUACCACGACAAAGAAACCAGCAGUUGUGAAACCAGGUCCGUAG